AUGCGUAGGGGAUGUAGGCGGCUGCUCGAUCUUGAGUCCAAGCUCACCGAUAUCAUCGGUCUUCUUUCGCGCUCGAAUGCACCCCUUUCUGGGGUGGAAACGCCCGUCCACGCGGACUUCGGGCUGUCUGCGAUUCUCGAAUAUCCUGGUGAUAGUCCACACCGAGUGACUGAGUAUCUGAGCGGGGAGUGCUUGGCUAAUUCUGAGUCGAGUGACGGCCCAGCGUCGAGCGGAGAACAAAAUACUACUGAAUCUGUCCUGGAAAAUUUGUCGAACUCAUCUAGGGACACGAGUGCCGCAUGGAUCGCUGAUUUGGGACUCGGUCCUGUCGUCCUCGAGCACCUUCUGGACAAAUUCCGCGGAAUGGCAUCCUUUUUUCCUUUCGUGCGGCUCUCAAAUGACUCUACUGCUGAAUCAAUGGUUAACGAUCGACCAUUUCUCUUGCUUGCAGCCGUUGCUGCUGCGUCCUCGAAGUAUUGUCACCUUCAGGAUGCUCUGAUCGGAAAAUUUAAGAAGUCCUUGAGCGAGCGGGUAAUUAUGGCUGGCGAGAAGGACCUAGAUCUGCUACAGGGAUUACUUGUUCAUCUUGCCUGGUUCCAAUACCACUUUGUUCCAGGAAGUCAACAAGCCUACCAGUACAUACAAAUCGCAAUUAGCAUGGUCAUUGAUCUCCGCCUUGAGCAGGAAGUUGCAGACCUGCUCGAGCAGGGAAUCGAGCUUGGUGAUUCGUAUAACCUGGAAGCGUGUCGUGCGUAUCUAGGUUGCUAUUACCUGUCUGGCAUAAUAGCAAUGGCUUCCCAGAAGCCCAACAAUCUUCCGUUCCACAGGGAUAUGCUCAAAUGCGCAAUGAUGCUGCAACAAACCCCAGAAUUUGACACAGACCUCUUGUUAUGCCCAGCCACAAAGGUUUUGCAGUUCACCGAGGAAGCUUGUGAAACCUACCGGUUGGAAGGGAUUCAUGGUGCCCGGUUACACAUUCAUGCUGAACGAUUAGAAACGUGGCUAGAGGAUUGGUGGUCGUCCCUUUCGAUGGAUCUUCGCGACACAGUGUUGCUAAUCAACGGCUAUUAUGCUGCCAAAAUACGCAUUGAAGAAAUGGGCUUGGUAUACUGCUACGGACAGAGAAGACCGCCGUCCCCGAAGACGCAGGACGAUUCCACCAUACUAUCUGCGCAUCCGAUGGUCAUCAAUAACUUGAUAAAAUGUGUCAGUUCGGCAAAGGAGUAUCUUGAUCUCUUCUGUGCUCUUCCCGCUGCAGAGCACAGGACCUUGCCGUUCUCUGCUUGGUAUCAAGUUAUUUUUACGGUAUUUGUGCUCUACAGAUUGUCUGUCGAGCUGCCAGAGGUACCUCAGUGGGAUGUAGAGAUUGCACAAAAGACUGUGGAUCUACGAGAUUACAUUGAUACAUUGCUGUCUCACUUACAGGCAAUUGAGCCAUUGCAAGAUACCCAGGUACCCACCCGGAGUCUCUUCACGAGGUUGCCCGAGAUCAUAGGAAGUGUACGGACUUCUUAUGCAUCGGCCAAAGAAAAUCCCGCAGAGAUUCGUGAUAGCCGUCGUGCUCAUUGCGAACUGAUGGGUUCGAACAACACAUCUUCAUCUGUUCGACGGUUACACCGCUGCCCUGGAAUGCGGUAUUUGAGCGGUCACAGCGCUCGGGCUCAGCCUCAACCCGCGCUACAAAGUGCUAUUGCUACGGAAGUACAGAACAUAGAAGAGGAGACAGUUUGGGGUGAUAUUCUGUUUAUGGACACAUUCACUAGCAUCACAGAUCCAUCAUCUAUACAGGUUUGA